AUGAUGGACCGUUCUGUACCACACGCUGUCUUCUCUGGCGGCGGCAAGGCAUUGAAUGCCACUGCACCGGCCUUUGUCCCAGGUUCGGCGCUCAAGGCUACCUCGACGGAGUUCACACCUGCCUUCCGCAGAGACAUCCUUGGUGCUGUCGUAGAGUUUGGCCCUGGAGUUGCUAUUGUUUCGAUUAAGUUGCCUGCGGAUUGUUCUAAUCAUCGGGCUGAAGCCUGA